AUGCCGCUCGCGCUCGGCGCCGCCGCGCUCGGGCGCUUCUUCGCGACCGCGCGAGCGCGCGCCGCCCGCGCCGCGGCGACGCCGCCGACGCCUCCCAAGGUGCGACGCGAUCCUCGCGCGCUGCGCUGUUCUUUCUCUUCUCUCCCUCGCUCCUCGCUCCGCCCCGCCCGCCCGACCCCUCCUUCUCACGCGCGUCGACGCCCCCCAACCGCUCCUUCUCACGCGCGAAACCGCUCGCAGGCGAAGCGCGUCCCGCACAAGGUCCUCUUCGGCGCGGUCGACGGCGAGAACCGCGGGACGAACCCGAUGCGCCCGCCCAUCGAGCGAGACGACGACCUGUUCUGGCUCCGAGACGACGACCGCAAAGAUCCAGAGAUCUUGCGGCACCUCGAGGACGAGAACGCGCACACGGAGGCGCACCUCGCGCACCUGAAGCCGCUGACGAAGCGUAUCUACGACGAGAUCGUGCGGAGCGUCCAGGAGAGCGACGACGACCUGUCGUUCCCGUGGGGCGAGCGCUUCGAGUACUUCGUGAGGACGCUCAAGGGGAAGGCGUACCCGAUCGUGUGCCGCCGGCGGCGAGGGGGCGAAGAGCGAGAGCGAGAGCGAGAGGAGGUCGUGCUCGACGUGAACGAGGUCGCGAAGACGCUGAAGUACUGCUCGCUGGGCGCGUUCAAGGUGAACGACGCGCACGACGUGCUCGCGUACAGCGUAGACGCGAACGGGUACGAGACGUACGAGAUUCGCUUCAAAGACUUGAACACCGGCGAGCAUCUCCCGGACGUCAUUCGCGGCGCCGCCGGGGGCGUGUCCUGGGGCCACGCGGACGGAGAGGUGUACUACAGCACGCAGGACGAGUCGCACCGAUCGAACAAGGUGUGGCGGCACGCGAUGGGCACGGCGCAGAGCGAGGACGAUUGCGUCUUCGUCGAGGACGACGAACUCUUCAGCGUCGGCUUCGGUCGGACCUCCGACGGGAGCCACAUGCUGAUAGAAUCCGAGUCGCAGGAGACGAGCGAGACGCGCGUCGUGGACUUGAGGUCGAAGCCCGCGGGGGAGGCGACGCUGAUGCAGCCGCGGAGGCUCGGGCAUCGGUACUACCCCGACCGACGGGGCGACCGGUGGUUCGUCCUCACGAACCGAGACGGGCGGAUCAACUUCGACCUCGCGUGCGCGCCUCUGAACGCGCCGGGGGAAGAGCACUGGCGCGCGGUCGGGACCCACCCGGGCGCGGGCGAUGCGUUCGAGUGGCGCGAGGGACGGACGCUCGAGACCGUGCGCGCGUUUCGCGACUUUCUCGUGUUGGAGGGGAGAGAGGACGGCUUCAGCGCGAUGUGGGUGUUGCGGUUGCUCCCGGACGACAAGAUUCAUCAGGGGGAAGACGGAACGUCAACCGACGCGCGGGGGGAAGACGGAACGUCGAUCGACGCGUCGUCCGCCCCGGGUCCGGUCGCGGCGAUCGCGUCGUGGACCAAGACGGAGUGGCCGUCCGAGAACUGCUGCGUGUACGCCGCGGUGGCGUCCGCGUCGCUGCCGUGCGUCUCCGCCAAUCAAAAUUUCGACGCGUCGCGUCUGUUCGUCGCGUAUCAAUCGCUCACGACGCCGAAGACGGUGUACGCGUACGACGUGGCGAGCGGCGCGAGAGAGGUGGUCAUGACGACGCCGGUGCGCGGGUACGACCAGAACAAGUACGUCACGACGCGCGUGGAGGUGAGCGUCCGCGACGGCACGAGAGUCCCGGUGUCCAUCGCGUAUCGAAAAGAUUUGCGGAAAAAAAACGGGCCGAUGCUCCUCGGCGGCUACGGAUCGUACGGCGUCAGCAACGACCCGAGCUUCGCGCGCGAGGACGUCCCGCUCAUGGACCGCGGCGUGGUCAUCGCCAUCGCGCACGUGCGAGGCGGCGGCGAGAUGGGACGGUACUGGUACGAGAAGGAAGGGAAGUACCUGAAGAAGAAGAACACGUUUCACGAUUUCGUCGACGUCGCGGAGCACCUCGUGACGACGGGAUGGACGUCCGCCGCGACGUUGGGCAUCACGGGGCGAAGCGCGGGCGGUCUGCUCGUCGGCGCCGCGCUGAACAUGCGCCCGGAGUUGUUCAGGUGCGCGGUCGCGGCGGUGCCGUUCGUGGACGUCAUGGUGUCCAUGUGCGAUUCUUCCAUCCCGCUCACGACGGGGGAGUGGGAAGAGUGGGGGAACCCGAACGAGGAGAAGUAUCACGCGUACAUGGAGAGCUACUCGCCGAUGGAGAACAUCAGGAGAGGGAAGAAGCCGGAAGUUUUGGUCACGUCCGGGCUGUUCGACCCCAGGGUGGCGUACUGGGAGGGCGCGAAGUACGCGGCGCGGAUGCGCGACGCCGCGACGAACGGCGCGUUCGGCGACGGCGAUUGCGAAGGCGAAGGCGAAGGCGGAGAAGCGCCGAGUCGGAUACUGCUCAAGACGGACAUGGACGCGGGGCACUUCAGCGCGACGGACCGGUACAAGCGGUUCAAGGAGAGGGCGUACGAGCACGCGUUCGUGCUUGAUAGCUUGGGGUUAUCGGGCGCGAAGCCCGCGUGGGCGAAGCGAUGACUGGACGAGCGCGCGUACCGUAGACGACGUAGUCGCUUUGUUGUCUAUUUUAAUCUCGUCGCCU